UUCUCAGCGCGGCUGGGGCUUUUGCCUCUUCCUCAAGCUUCUCCAGUGUUCCAACUUGGGACGUAAAAGCAAACAAAAAUCAAUUUCAACGACGAGCUCUUUUUUUCGUCUUUAAUUUAGUGCUGCAAAACUGGUCCGAAGUUAUAAGAUUGAGCUCUAAUUUGGGGCUCCGGUUUUGACGAAUUAAUGUCGACGUCGAGGCUCAGUAGAAUAGCGCUCUCGGCCGCCCUUAGGGUCUCUCGCUCUAACUUUCGGCCACCGUCAAUUUGUCGCGCUGCCCAAAUACUCUCUUCUUCCUCAGGUAGCAGUUUCCCUCCUCGCUCAGUCAAUGAAUUUGGCGGUGUGGAGAUUCCAACACCAUCAUGCUUCAACGACGUCGGUUUGAGCAAAGUGUUCGCUCGCUCUUACUCCACUGUCUCCAGCUCCAGCUCCAGCUCCGGCCAGAUAAAUAAUUCAGAGUUCACUGAGAUGGCAUGGGAUGGAGUAGUUGGUGCUGUUGAUGCAGCACGAGCCAACAAACAGCAGGUGGUGGAGACUGAGCAUCUAAUGAAAGCACUACUAGAGCAGAAGGAUGGGUUAGCUAGGAGGAUAUUCACCAAGGCAGGGCUAGACAAUACAUCAGUUCUACAAGCUACAGAGGAGUUUAUAUCUCAACAGCCUAAGGUAACAGGUGAUACCAGUGGUCCGAUACUGGGCUCCAGUCUCAGUUCUCUCUUGGAUGCUGCACAAAAGCAUAAGAAAGAUAUGGGGGACUCUUUUGUGUCUGUGGAGCAUCUUCUAUUAUCAUUCACUUCCGAUAACAGGUUUGGUCAGCUGUUAUUUAGGAAUCUGCAGCUUACUGAGAAAGCUUUGAGGGAUGCUGUUACUGCUGUUCGUGGAAGUCAGAGAGUAACUGACCAGAAUCCAGAAGGAAAAUAUGAAGCACUUGAGAAAUAUGGCAAUGAUUUAACAGAACUUGCUAGACGGGGUAAACUUGACCCAGUUAUUGGUCGUGAUGAUGAAAUUCGAAGAUGUGUGCAGAUAUUAUGUCGCCGAACCAAAAACAACCCUGUUAUUAUUGGUGAACCUGGGGUGGGGAAAACUGCAAUUGCUGAAGGGUUAGCUCAAAGAAUUGUGCGCGGUGAUGUUCCAGAACCUUUAUUGGAUCGCAAGUUGAUCUCCUUGGAUAUGGGUUCAUUGCUUGCUGGUGCUAAAUUCAGAGGAGAUUUUGAAGAAAGGCUUAAAGCUGUUCUGAAGGAAGUCACUGCCUCAAAUGGGCAGAUAAUAUUAUUUAUUGAUGAGAUACAUACUGUAGUUGGUGCAGGGGCUGUUGCUGGAGCUUUGGAUGCUGGAAACUUGUUAAAGCCAAUGCUUGGUCGUGGUGAGCUCAGGUGCAUUGGAGCAACCACAUUGAAUGAAUACAGGAAGUACAUUGAGAAGGACCCUGCUCUAGAACGUAGGUUCCAACAAGUAUUUUGUGGUGAGCCAUCUGUAGAAGAUACUAUCUCCAUCCUUCGUGGAUUGCGUGAGCGGUAUGAGCUGCAUCAUGGGGUCAAGAUUUCUGACAGUGCACUUGUGUCAGCGGCAGUUAUGGCACAUCGUUAUAUAACAGAGCGUUUUCUGCCAGACAAAGCCAUUGACCUAGUUGAUGAAGCUGCUGCAAAAUUGAAAAUGGAGAUCACUUCGAAGCCCACAGAGUUGGAUGAGAUAGAUAGGGCUGUUAUGAAGCUAGAGAUGGAGAAACUCUCUCUCAAAAAUGACACCGACAAAUUAUCUAAAGAACGGUUAAGCAAGAUUGAGAACGAUUUGACAUCUCUUAAGCAGAAACAAAGAGAGUUGAAUGAACAGUGGGAGCGUGAAAAAGUUCUUAUGAAUAGAAUACGCUCAAUUAAGGAGGAGAUUGACAGAGUUAACCUUGAAAUGGAAGCUGCUGAGCGAGAUUAUGACCUGAAUCGUGCUGCUGAACUCAAAUAUGGGACACUGAUGUCCCUCCAGCGCCAACUUGAAGAAGCUGAGAAGAACCUUGCUGACUAUCGGAACUCUGAACAAUCUUUGCUCCGGGAAGAAGUGACAGAUCUUGAUAUUACCGAAAUUGUUAGCAAAUGGACUGGCAUCCCAUUAUCAAAUCUUCAGCAGUCUGAGAGGGAUAAGCUUGUCUCUUUGGAACAGGAACUUCACAAAAGGGUAGUUGGUCAGGAUAUGGCUGUCAAAUCUGUAGCUGAUGCAAUCAGGCGCUCAAGGGCUGGCCUGUCCGACCCAAAUCGGCCUAUUGCAAGCUUCAUGUUUAUGGGUCCCACAGGUGUUGGUAAAACCGAGCUUGCAAAGGCACUUGCUGGUUACCUAUUCAAUGCUGAAAAUGCUCUGGUGCGGAUAGAUAUGAGUGAAUACAUGGAGAAACAUGCAGUCUCUCGAUUGGUUGGUGCACCACCGGGGUAUGUGGGUUAUGAAGAAGGUGGGCAACUCACUGAAGUGGUCCGUCGUAGGCCUUAUUCAGUUGUGCUUUUUGAUGAAAUUGAGAAGGCACAUCAUGAUGUUUUUAACAUUCUAUUACAGUUGUUGGAUGAUGGAAGAAUCACCGAUUCCCAGGGAAAAACUGUUAGUUUCAGAAAUACUGUUGUGAUUAUGACAUCAAAUAUUGGUUCUCACUAUAUCCUUGAAACUCUUAGAAACACAGAGAACAGUAAAGAGGCAGUUUAUGAUCUGAUGAAAAAGCAGGUGGUUGAGUUGGCUAGACAAACUUUUAGGCCGGAAUUUAUGAAUCGAAUUGAUGAGUACAUUGUUUUCCAACCUCUGGAUUCCAAACAAAUCUGCAAAAUUGUUGAACUACAGAUGAGUCGUGUUAAGGAGAGACUCAAACUGAAAAAAAUUGACCUCCAUUACACUCAGGAAGCAGUCAAUCUUCUGGCGACACUGGGUUUCGAUCCUAAUUUUGGAGCUCGCCCUGUGAAGCGGGUGAUUCAGCAAUUGGUUGAGAAUGAAAUUGCUAUGGAAAUUUUAAGAGGAGAUCUAAAGGAGGAGAACUCAAUCAUUGUCGAUGCUGAUACAUCCUCGAGGGCUCGAGAUCUUCCACCUCAGAGUAGAUUAGUAAUAACGAAAAUGGGAAAUAAUACUGCAAUAGAUGCCAUGGUUGCAAAUGACUGACUUUUUCUUUCUAUUUAGGAGGCUUGCACUUUUCUGAAACAAAACUGGAGUUGAUCACGCGAGAUAGAAGUGGUUCUUGUGAGUUCGUGCAUUAAGUUGCUGCUUCUUGUAGGAAGGCAGGACUGGUGUAAUUGUUCUUUUUUUUUUUUUUUCCUUUUCUUUUUCUGCGUGUAUAAUGGGGCGGUAUGUACUUUUAAUGCUUGAGAUCAUAUCUACGAGAAAUUACAGGUAGUUAGCAGUAUUGUCAUCAAUGGGGAAGCAUCUAGAAACUGGAUGAACAAACCAUUGGCGUUGUUAUUUCUUCUUGAGCACGCAAACAAACAAACAAACAGACAUUGGGGGAUCUGGGAAGAAUAUGUGCGUUUGCAGUUUUUA